CUGACGUGUCACGACGCGUCAUCAUGCGAUCUCUUCAUCGACGUUUUCAAUAAAACAAGCACCAUCUAAUCUCUGGUCCAUCUCUUUCUUUCUCCCUCUCUCGAUUGCGAAGAACUGUUGGGCCUUUCUCUCAAAAACUGGUUUUCUUCUCCGAAGGUCAGUUUUCUGGGCUCACACCUUAUUAAUUCAUAUAUAUAUAUCUAUAUAUAUAUAUAUGUUAUAUAAUAUAGAGGCGGCUCAUAUUCUUAAUUUGUUGGAAUGAUUAUUUCCUUAUUAUGAUUGGCACAUUCGAAUAAUCUAAACCGAAUAUGCUUUUCGCACCAACAGUUCUUCAACGACCAUCCUUUGGCUGUUUUGUUUCCAUCUCGUUUACGUGUCACUGUUUUUGACUCAAUAAGCUUUGCUAUUUCGUGAGGCAAUCAAAUUGCGUUCUUGAACCAUAUGUUGUGAUAAUAUUGGGAUUUUUGUGAUCUUCGUUGGUUCUCUGCAAAAUUGAAAUUUCGGGUGAUGCAAAAAAGGAGAGUUUGAGAGCUUUUUAUCAUAUCUGAUGAUCAAUGCAAUGCAAUUUAUGAGCCAAAAGGCUCCAAAUUUUGCGUGUUGAUCAAUUGGGUUGUUUAUUUAUUAUGUAAUUUUGAAUUAGUGGUCUGGGUAAUUGGAAAAAUUCAAUUACUAAUCUGGGUAAUUGAAAAAAUUCAAUUUUUUUGAGGAUGUAUGCGGUGGGGAGAUUCAUCUCCCGUGGUGUUUAUACUGUAUCUGCUCCCUUUCAUCCGUUUGGUGGAGCUGUAGAUAUUAUUGUUGUUGAACAACAAGAUGGGAGCUUCAAAUCGUCGCCUUGGUAUGUUAAAUUCGGUAAAUUUCAAGGGGUUUUGAAGAGAAAUGAGAAAGUGGUCAACAUAAGUGUUAAUGAGGUUGAAGCGGAUUUCCAUAUGUACUUGGAUCAUAAAGGGGAAGCUUACUUUCUCAGGGAUUCGGAUGUUGUUGAAGAAGAUGAAUCCACAUUAUAUCCUUCAUCUUCUGGUGAGGAGACAGAGGGGCAGUCUAGUGAUAGGAAGCCAAUGAAGUCGAAAAGUUGUGAUUAUGAUGCUACCAAGUCUGAUCCGGUUACUGAGAUCGAUGUGAGCAACGAGGGGAUUGUGGCUAGAACAGGUUCCCGCCGGUCUCGGAUUAUGGGGCUUGUUUUUGGAAGGAAUUCAAUUAAGGGGGACAGAUUGGGGGUUGAAGGGGACAGCUCUGAUGUUGGAAGGAUAGAUUCUAUGGAACGUGCUGAGAUUGCAGCUGAUCUCUUGGAGGUGAAAUGGUCCACCAAUCUUGCCUCGGGUAGGCAACGGAAUGAUAGGACUCCGGAAAUUUCUGUUCCAGAUAUUUCAAAUGGUGGAGAAAUUCAGGAUUUGCAGAUUAAUGACCAACAGAGGCAGGCGAAUUCACUUGCAAAUAGUAAUGUGGAAAAUGGUUCAGACCAUCAUGUCUCACAUGAAGAAAUUGUUUCUCAUGACCAUGGAACGAGCAAUGGUUCUCAGCCUGGCUUUCAGGAACUGAAAAGUUCUGUUGAGGGAACCGGCAUGGGAAUAUCAUGUUUAAUCACUGAACGUGUUGUUGGAACACUGACUCCAACUGGGAGUGGUUUGGGAGAAAAUGAUGAAAUAAAUUCUGCAAUGUCAGAAACAGUCAACGAAUUGGGUGUAAGUAAUGCAGAUCACGAUGAGGAUGGUCAAUGUGUCACAUCUGUGAUUGCCAUUCCUAAUUCAGAAAUUGCAGAAAUUGUAGAGCUUGAAGCAUUCACCAGCGAGAAGCUCGAUGAAAAUCAGGAUUUAAUAAAUUCUGAAAUGUCAGAAACGGUCAACGAAUUGGGUGUAAGGAAUGCAGAUAAAGAUGAGGAUGGUAAAUGUGUCACAUCUGUGAUUACCAGUCCUAAUUCAGAAAUUGUAGAGCCUGAAGCAUUCACCAGCAAGAAGCUCAAUGAAAAUCAGGAUUUAACAAAUUCUGAAAUGUCAGAAACGGUCAACGAAUUGGGUGUAAGGAAUGCAGAUCAUGAUGAGGAUGGUAAAUGUGUCACGUCUGUGAUUACCAUUCCUAAUUCAGAAGUUGCAGAAAUUGUAGAGCUUGAAGCAUACACCAACAAGAAGCUUGAUGAAAAUAAGGAUUUAAUGGAUUCUGAAAUGUCAGAAAGAGUAGACGAGUUGGGUGUAAGGAAUGCAGAUCAUGAUGAGGAUGGUCAAUGUGCCACAUCUGUGAUCACAAUUCCUAAUUCAGAAAUUGCAGAAAUUGUAGAGCUUGAAGCAUACACCAGCAAGAAGCUCGAUGAAAAUCAGGAUUUUGACAACAACGUCGUUUUACCAUGCAGUGCUGUUUCCGAGGAGGAAAAUGGAGCAGAUAAACUUCAAUCUAAUGUUGACUGUGAAGCAUCAGAGAGCCCUAGGGCAGGACUGGAUGGUUCAGGCAAACAAUCUGGAGAAAUGCUAUACCUUCCUUGUGGAGGAUCUGGGGAAGUCCAUGUCCAUUCUGAAACUUUUCACGAGACUACUGAGCUAAAAUCCCUGGUAAACUCUUCACCAAAAGCUGGUUUAUUAUUAGCAAAAGAAUCUUUGGAUUUUCAAGAAAUUUUAGGAGAUAAGAACGGUUGCAAUGUCUUUAAUGAUGCAAAUAUUCCUGAAAGUGAGGGAACUUCUACUUCUUCAAGCUCAAUUGCAAACGGUAUUGUAACUGACACCUAUAGUCAAAUGGUCACUGUUAGCUCAAUAAAUGUUUCAGUCAAAGAAGUUGAGUCACAAAGCUUUUGCUCCGUUUCUGGUUUCAGCAAUCCAAUAUGUCAAGUAAAAGACGAGAAAAAUGAUACGGAUGAAGAUAACAACCUGCAACAUUCUUCUGAACCUGUUGGCGUUCCCCAAGAAUCUAGUGAUCAUGUCCCCACAGAGGCAACAAAUAAUUUAGUACCAGAAGGUUCAGAGGAGGAACAAUUCGCCUUUAGUGACCUUGAUGAUUUCCAAAUCGGUGGAGUUCAAUGCACGAACUUAAUUUCUGCAGAUCACGAGGAGAAAGAUAAUCCUUCUCUUACACCAGAAAACACUGAAAUUGUGAUUGAGUCAUUCGAUUCAAAUUUUGAGUUUAGUUCAUCUCCAGACAAGUUUGUUCAAGAGAAUCCACCAAAUAGUGACGAAGACUCGAGACAAAAGUCAAGGAUUUUAUCAAGGAGCAUUAGUAUUCCUGGAAGUAGUGAAGUUCCUAAUGAGGAAGUUGGGAGGAUGGUUGAAUCUUUACCUAAUCUGCGGCUAAAUGUUGAUGAUAUGGAUGCACCCAACCUUCAUCAUUCCUUAGGCCGUUCUCUGGAUUUAAAUUACAAAUCCUCAAAGUGGAUGUUGCUUCGGAAAGAGUAUUCAAAACUUGUGAAGUCAGAAGCAGACAGAGAACACCAAUUUCCCCUGGCACAGCCUACAACUACCAAUGAUCAGAUAUUAGAGGAGCUCAAAGAUGUACCUGCCAACCCUGCUACUGGGGACACAUCUACAGCCAUUGAUGCCUCCGGUGGAAGCUGGUGGUCUUUUCCUUUCAAAAGAUCAAGAAGCAUGAAAGCUACCCAGUCAGCUAUAAACCGUACCAGAAGUUCUGAUGCUGGGAGUACUUUUGAGAGUGCUGUUGACGUGGAUGGUGAGAAAGAUGUGCUUGAACUAAAGGUCAAUAAAAAGAAAGUAAGGGCAAUCACUCCAACAUCCGAACAACUGGCAUCCUUGAAUCUGAAGGAAGGGAGAAACACAGUAACCUUCACAUUCUCAACUGCAAUGCUGGGGAAGCAGCAGGUUGAAGCCAAAAUGUAUUUGUGGAGAUGGGACACCCGUAUAGUAAUCUCAGAUGUUGAUGGGACAAUUACCAAAUCUGAUGUUUUAGGACAGUUCAUGCCUAUGUUUGGAAUGGAUUGGUCACAAACUGGUGUUGCACAUCUAUUUUCAGCUAUUAAGGAAAAUGGAUAUCAAUUGCUUUUUCUAAGUGCACGUGCAAUUUCUCAGGCUUAUCACACUAGACAAUUCCUAUUUAACCUUAAGCAGAAUGGAAAGGCUCUACCAGAUGGGCCUAUUGUUAUAUCCCCUGAUGGACUUUUUCCUUCUUUGUUCCGGGAAGUUAUUAGAAGAGCUCCUCACGAAUUCAAAAUUGCUUGCUUAGAGGAUAUCAAGGCAUUAUUUCCUCCUGAUCGCAACCCGUUCUAUGCUGGUUUUGGAAACAGAGACACCGAUGAGUUUAGCUACCUCAAGGUUGGAAUCCCAAAGGGAAAAAUCUUCAUUAUCAAUCCCAAGGGUCAGGUGGUUGUGAAUCGCUGUGUCAACACAAAAUCAUAUACAUCCCUUCAUGAUCUUGUGCAUAACAUGUUCCCCAUGUCCUCGUCUGAGCAGGAGGAUUUUAAUCAAUGGAAUUUCUGGAAACUGCCUCUUCCUGAUAUCGAUGUAUGAACGUGUCAACAAGUAAUAAUUGAUUAACCCUUUAAAAUUGGAGGCCGGUAGAUGCUCCCUUGCUUGCCCUGGAAAAUUCAGGGUUAUGUUUGGUCUAGGUGAAUGCAGAAUUACCUCUUUAUGAUUAUUUGACCUGGCGCAUGGUUUUUAAUUGCAAUGGAAUGUAAUCUCUUGAGGAUUUUGGAAUUGUAUAGUGAUGAUGAUAUAUAUUGGCAAUAGACACUGAAGAGACAGAGCCCUGUCCUGCCAAUGUCCUGCUUAUUAGUGCUGACGAGCCGCUUGUCAAUUCUCAGUGGAACCUAUUCAAAUGUAUAUUUUCAAGGUUGGAGAUGGAUCCAUUUCAGUUGAACCUGCUUCAAGGCCAGUUUCAUUUGUAAAUUUAUGUAGUUUGUAUACCAUGAACGCUGCAAUGUUUCUCGUUUAAGCAUUCAUUGGAAGAUUUACAGUGGGAAAUGUAUGUCUCAGAGCAUACACUAAGCUAUAAUUUCUCAGUUAUAGACCAAAAUUCAUCCAUGGUUAGAUAGAUGUAGAUGCUUUUUACCCUUGCAGCAUGUAUAUGCUCUAAAAGUGUUUUUUUAUUUAUUAGUUUUGUCUAUA